UCGGCUCCCGUGGGGCAGUGGAUCUGCCGGGCGCCUCCUCGGGCCGUGACCCCGGGGUCUGGCGCGGGGUGGGACCGGGGAGCUGGUUUGCGCAAAAUGCGCCGGGGCUGCGCGGGAGAGGAGCGGCGGCCGCGCUGAGCCAGAGCCAUGAGCCACCAGAUCCUGCUGCUCCUGGCCGUGCUGACCCUGGGCCUGGCUACCUCCCAACAGGGCGACAAGGUACCCUGUAAGAAGGUGAACAAGGAGGCCUUCUGCCAGUACCUUGGCCUGGUGCAGGUCCCCUCGGCGCUCCCGCGGGACGUGGAGGCCCUUGACCUGUCCGGAAACCAGCUUCAGAGCGUCCUGGCCUCGCCCCUCGGCCUCUACACGGCACUUCGUCACCUGGACCUGAGCUCCAACGAGAUCAGCUUCCUCCAGCCAGGUGUCUUCCAGGCCCUGUUCCAUCUGGAGCACCUCAACCUGGCCCACAACCGCCUGGCGCUGAGCACGGGGGGCCUGGGUCCCCUGCUGCACGUGAAGUCUCUGGACCUGUCUGGGAACAGCCUGUACAGCGGCCUUGUGGAGCAGCUGCUGGGGGAGGCGCCCGCCCUGCGCACCCUCGCCCUGGCGGAGAACAGCCUGACCCGCCUUGCCCGCCAGACCUUCUGGGGCGCACCUGCACUUGAGCGGCUGGACCUACACAGCAACGUGCUGAUGGACAUUGAGGACGGCGCCUUCCAGGCCCUGCCCCACCUGACCCACCUUAACCUCUCCAGGAACUCCCUCACCUGCAUCUCCGACUUCAGCCUCCAGCAGCUGCGGGUGCUGGACCUGAGCUGCAACAGCAUCGAGGCCUUUCAGAUGGCUCCUGAGCCCCAGGCCGGGUACCAGCUCACCUGGCUCGACCUGCGGGAAAACAAACUGCUCCACUUCCCCGACCUGGCCGCGCUCCCGAGACUCAUCUACCUGAACGUGUCCAACAACCUCAUCAGUCUCCCUGCGGGGCCACCCCAGCGUGGCAAGGCCAUCCAUGCACCUUCUGAGGGCUGGUCCGCCUCGCCCCUCUCGAACCCCAGCCGGAAUGCCAGCACCCGCCCCCUCUCCCAGCUCUUGAAUCUGGAUUUGAGCUACAAUGAGAUUGAGCUUGUCCCCGAGGGCUUUCUCGAGCACCUGACCUCCCUGCGUUUCCUGAACCUCAGCCGAAACUGCUUGCAGGCCUUUGAGGCUCAGAGUGCGGGCUCCCUGCCCUGCCUGGUGCUCCUGGACGUCAGCCACAAUGCGCUGGAGACACUGGAGCUGGGCACCAGAGCCCUGGGAUCUCUGCGGACGCUGCUCCUGCAGCACAAUGGCCUGCGGGACCUGCCCCCAUACACCUUUGCUGGCCUGGCUAGCUUGCAGAGGCUCAACCUGCAGGGGAACCGGGUCAUUCCAUGUGGCGGGCCAGGUGGGCCUGGACCCUCCGGCUGCGUGGACUUCUCUGGCAUCUCCUCCCUCCGCAGCCUAAACUUGGUGGACAACGAGUUGGAGACGCUCUGGGCAGGUGCCUUCCUCCACACACCACUAACCGAGCUGGACCUCUCUUCCAACCCCGGCCUGGAUGUGGCCACGGGGGCCUUGGCGGGCCUGGAGGCCUCCUUGGAGGUCCUGGCCCUGCAGGGCAAUGGGCUGGAGGUCCUGCAGGUAGACUUGCCCUGCUUCAGCUGCCUCAAGCAGCUCAAUCUCGCCGAGAACCGCCUGAGCCGCCUGCCGGCCUGGACGCAGGCCGUGUCUCUGGAGGUGCUGGACCUGAGGAACAACAGCUUCAGCCUGCUGCCCAGCAGUGCCAUGGGCGGCCUGGAGACCAGCCUGCGGCGCCUCUACCUGCAGGGGAAUCCGCUCAGCUGCUGCGGCAACGGCUGGCUGGCGGCCCAGCUGCACCAGGGCCGCGUGGACGUGGAUGCCACCCAGGACCUGAUCUGCCGCUUCGACUCCCAGGAGGAGGUGUUCCUUAGCCACGUGCGUCCUGAGGACUGUGAGAAGGGGGGGCUCAAGAAUGUCAACCUCAUCAUCAUCCUCACCUUCACACUUGUCUCUGCCGUUGUCCUCACCAUGCUGGCCACCUGUUGCUGUGUCCGCCAGCAGAAGUUCAACCAGCAGUACAAAGCCUAGAGCAGCCAGGCUGCAGGAGAGCUCAGCCGGGAGCCCCUUCCAGGACAGCGGGGGGAGCCCGAGGCACAGAGGAGGGUGAGGUCUAACCCAAGGGCCACACAGUGAGCCAGGGUCCCAGAACCCUGGUCUCUAAACCCCAGCCCGGGCUUCCUCUCCCUGCAUCCUGCUGCCAUCGGUAGGUGACGCACUUCCCAGGCCUCACAUGUGGUCCAGCUGCGGAAGCUGGACGCCGAGCUGUAUUGGGAGUGACAAAGAAUGAGGAUGACCCAUCAGAUCCACAAAUCUUCCCCCGACAUCUGUUUUGUGCCACACCCUGCGCUGGGCACUGAGGACACUGGCGAAGGAGACACGGCAAGCAUCUCCCAGUCGGGGUGGGGAUGGCAUCACAGCGCUGUGCAGCGACCACACAGUGUGGAGCCCAGGGCUGAGUGCCUGGAGGGGAAGGGGGUUGGCCGGGGGAGGGGGGGAGCCCUGCCCCGCCAGGCCAGGGCCAGGGAAGGGAAAGACCAGGAGGAUUUGUCUGAGACCUUUCCAAGCAGACUGUUGGUCACGUCUUCUGAGAAUGACUUUCAGCUUCUCCGGAACAUGACGAACGUGUAACUGGAAGAGAACCGGAGCCACAUGCGUGUGCCUUGGGUCCAGCGCUCUAGGCAGGCUGUGGCGGCUGCAGCAGGUCCGGUUCCCAGGCUGUUGCCCUGGGCUCCGGCCAGCACUGGGCCGUCAUUUCCUGCUCUGGGCGGACUUUUUGCCCACCUGGCUCUCUGGCGUUGCACACCGGCCCCCAUACCGCCGUGGCCUCCACUCCCCGCUCCCUCCCAGGAGGGAAGGCCUGAGGUCUCCGGUUCUGUUUUGCCCCAGGCUUGGCAGCUGUAACAAACCCCAGCCUGCGCCUGCCUCUUGAUGACAACCUUCUGAGGCUGGUGUUUAAUCCCAGUUUAUAAAAGAGGCUCCAGGCCUCCCCGCAGGGUGACCCGGCUACAAAAUGCCGCACUGAGAUUCAGAAUCACACCGUCCUGACUCCGGGGACUGAGCUUUGCCGCUGCGGGGCUGCCGGCUGUCAGGGGAACGGAAGGGGCCCCCAUUGCUGGCGCAGGGCCUGGGAGCAUCCUGCACUGUACAUCCCACCGGCUCCUCUCCCUCCACUCUCCCGGGCAGGCAGAGAGAAGACAGGCGGCCACAGGCCCUCUCCUCCUCGGCCUCAGUUUCCCCUCAUUCCCUCCUUGGCAGACGGGUGUGGGUUCUUUUUCUCUUUUUUGCUCUUGCAUUCCCAUUUUCCAAUGAGCACAGCCUAGAAUGUGAGACCAUUGAGUCCCACCUCCCCCUUACACAGAUAGGGAAACUGAGGCUUAGGAAGAGAAAAGGACGUGCUCAGAGAUGCACACGUCAGUGGCAGAGCCUGUGGAAAAAAAGGUGGAUUCAGACCUCAUUACGGGUGUCAGGGGGUGGGUUGGGGGGUGGGGGUUGGACCUGAGUGGUUUUCUUCUCUCUCAGGUGUCACAUCACAAGAUAAUGCUCCAACCGCUCUUUUGGGUCCUCCUCAUACAGGGAUCCUCCCCUCUUAGAAAAGUGGGUUAAAAAGAAUCCAGAUCUAGCCCCUUGUCCCUCAUACCCAUGGAACCAUGGGCUGUCCUGGGACCAGCCCAGGACCCUGUGCUAUUGUCUUCACCUCCCACCUGUGCUUGGCCGUGGUCUGGCUCAGGAUGAUGCUGGGUAAAGUGUGAGACAAUGGAAACUCCACUCUCUGCCCCAUCUUACAGAUGAAAAAACUGAGGCCCAGAGAGGGAUCAAGGACUCAGGAAGUCAAUGGCAAAGCCAGGGCUGGAACUUGAUGUCCUGGCCCCAUCUGGGGCCCUGGGGGCCUGAGGGGCAGCCCAGGGGCCCAGUCCUGUUUGGAAUUGUGACUACAGGUGCUCACUGCACACACACUCUUUCUCAGGCUUGGGGCAGGUGUGGGCCCCUCCACGCCUGAUCUUUGAAAACACUACACAAUGCUGCUCUCACCUCCCAGGAGCCAGGCCACAGCCCAGGCCCUGGGACUAGCUCUUUGUAUAACCCACAUGAAUGUAUUAAAAAAUAAUUUUGGA